AUGUAAAAGGAUUUAAAUAACAUAGUAAUAACCUUCUGGAUUACCUAUACCUGGAUCAAAUAAAGCAACUUAAGCGUAACAAGGAAUUGGAUAACCUAAUUUUAUUGUGUAGAAUGUUUAACACCCAACAUAUAAUCCUCGUAAGAGUUCCUUUUAUUUCUAAUAGCACCUUCCACUAAUCCAGUUUAGUUUGUAUAAAUUAACGAGUCAGAUCUAAAUAUCAAAAUUGAAUAGAAAGAAAGUUUGCUUGAAUAAUAAAAUUAGAAGGCUUCUUAGGUAAAUUAAACCCUUUAUAAUGAUCGAAUUGAAGUAAAUGAUUUAAACACGAAACUGGAGACAUUGGAAUAAGAAUUAAAAGAACUUAGAUAAAGUAAUAGAAAUCUUGAGGAUGAAAUAUUUUAAUAAAAAUUUCAAAAAGAUAAUGAAAUAGCUCAUCUUUUAAAAAAUAUAAAAUAAUCCCAUAAAGAAAAAUCGUAACUUAUGAUUGAAAUUAAAUAAAAAUAGGAAUAUUAUUAGUUAUAAGAAUAGAUGAUUCAAAAUAAUAAUAAACAAAAUGAAAUCUAGGAGAAAAAUCUACAAAUGUAAUAAAGCGAAAUAGUCAAAUUGGAAAAUGAAAAUAAAGCAAUAGAAUAGUAGUUAAGUAAGUUAUCACUUUAGUAGAAGAAUUCGGAUGUACUAGAUAAAUAUGAAUCUCUACAAAAAUAAUAAUAAACUUUAGAUCAGGAAAUUAUAAAGAAGCAAGAUGAAAUAAAGGAACAGGAAGAAAAAAGGAGAACACUUAAACAAAAUAUGUUUUCGAAAGAUCAAACCAUUACAAUGAUGAGAGAUCAAAAAAAGAAAAUUGAUAAAAAGAUUAAAAAUAGUUAAGAAGAUAUUGAGCAAUAAAAAUUAGAAAUUAGUAGAUAAGAAAAUAGUCUGUAAGGAAAAGAUAGAAUAAUUUAAUAAGAAGAAGAACUACUUAAUCAAGGUAAAUUUGAAUUACCAAAUGAGUACUAAAAGUUACAACAAAAUGAUCAAAUGCUUGUGAGAUAGAUAAAGGAUAAUUCUUUUUAGGCGAAAUAAUAGGAGAAAACAAAUUCUAAAAUAAUGAUGAACCAAAAAAAGUAAGAGUAGGCUUAGUUAGAAGAACUUAAUAAAUAAGCAAGGGCUAAAUAACUUUAGGAAUUGCAAUAGAAGUUUUAAUAAACUCAUGGAUUACUUGAAAUAUGUUUUUUGAUGGAUUGCACUGAUUCCAUGAAUCCUUACAAAAAGUAGGCAGAGUUAUGCGUUUUACUAAGUAUGCUCUCAGUUAAAAAAUAAACUCAAAGAGACACUUUAUGGUCCCUAAUUUGUUAUUAAGAUAAAGCUGAACUAAAAAAAUUAGGGGCUUAUUAAUAAUUGUAAUUUACUGAUCAAGCUGAAGAAGUAGCAAACUAUUUGUCAGCCGUUAAAUGUGGAGGAGGAGGUGAUGCUCCUGAAGAUAUAGAUGGAGCCAUAAGGCAGAUGAUCAAUAAUCUUAAGUGGAAAACUUAGUUCAGAAUUGCUAUGUUAAUUUGUGAUGCUCCUUGUCAUGGAACAAAUUUCCAUGAGUUUGAUAGAAGCUAAGAUAAUUACCCUGAUGAUGAUUUGACUGGGGCUAUUGAAUUAAUGAUUUAGAAUGAUAUCUUCUUUAUUGGAAUCCUUUUUACUAAUCACACCAAUAAAAUGUUUACAUAAAUUAGAAAUAUCUAUCGAAAACAUGAUAAGGAAGAAUACUAUUUCCAUUACGAUUUAAGAAAUGCAUAACCUGAUAAGAUUUUCGAAGAACUUGUGGGAGUAUUGACAAAAGUGUCCUAAACUGCCACUUAAACUAACGUAAGAACCACCAAAGUAAAAAAUCGUGGAAAAGUACCCAUCGAAAAUCCUGGAACCAAGGGAGCUAAGGAACAGUAGAAUCCUGUUGAAGUUCUUUGCAUUUUGUUAAUAAGACAGCAACCAAAUUAAAAUGAUUUCGUUCUUGAAACAUUUAGAGUCUAUAGAAUAGAAUUUAGCGAUUAAAUAUUCAAUUAGAAAUAUUUAGAAAUCUAGACCAUAGGAGUUGAUGAUUUCAAGUAAAUUGAAGAAGGUUAAUGGUCAUGUCUAAGGUCAAAAGAUCCAUUUGCUCAAGGUGCCAUGAAAUCAGCUUAUUUGAUGAUUAGAACACAUUAAAAUGCUACGAAAUAAAAGGAACUUUAUGUUUGCAAGACUCCUAAUGAUUUGAAGCCUUUUAAAACAUUUUAAAGUGCUGUCCAGGAGUGUUUAACACAUUUAAUUACUUAGAAAUGGAUGAAGAAAUUCAAUCGUGAUUUAGAUGAUGCCAUAGCCAAAAAGAAUAUCAAAAAGCGAUAUCCAUAAGUAUUAUAUUCAGAUCUUCUAAUAUUUUUGGAUGCUAGGGGUAAUCAUUGGAUUGCUGAGAGAUAUUUUGAAGGAGAGUUUGUUAAAUAUAAUAAUAACUAUGGGUAUGUAAAUUAAGAGAACAGCGAUUUAAACAAAAUUGCAAAUUCGUUUUCUGUUUAUUCUUUUGUUAAGAGUAAUUUUAAUUAUCUGAUAUGCGAUAUCUAAGGUGUAAAGUGUUGCUUUACUGAUCCAGCCAUAUGCACUAUGAAAAAUCACAGACUUGAACCAACAGACUUAGGCUAAGAAGGAAUUGCAUAAUUCCAAGUUUCUUUCAAUUUAGUCAAAAACACUUGUAAAGAGGUUCUACAAAUUCUAGACCUUAAUGUUUGA